AUGGCCUUCCAACUGGGAGCAAGAGUUAAUGGAAUCACACCAAACAGUUUGGAGAUUGAUAUACCUAUGCAUGCUAAUAGUACUCUCAAAACUGAAAAAGAGAGCAACAACAUUGAUUACUUUCAAAGAGCACAGUGGCUUAGAGCAGCCAUGUUAGGAGCCAACGAUGGAUUAAUCACUGUUGCCUCAUUGAUGAUUGGUGUUGGAGCUAUAAAAGAAGACAUCAGUGUGAUGCUUCUUGCAGGUUUUGCUGGUUUGGUAGCUGGUGCUUGUAGCAUGGCAAUUGGUGAGUUUGUGUCUGUGUAUACACAAUAUGACAUUGAGGUAGCUCAGAUGAAAAGAGAAAGAGAAGCUAAUAAUACUAAUGGAGUAGUUAAUGAUGAAAGUGCCGAAAGGGAGAAAUUGCCGAAUCCGUUUCAGGCAGCCUUAGCAUCAGCACUAGCAUUUUCUGUUGGUGCUGUUAUGCCAUUGCUAGCGGCUGCGUUUAUAAAGGAUCAUAGGAUUAGGAUGAGUGCUGUUGCUGCUGUUGUUAGCAUGGCACUGUUAGUGUUUGGAGGAAUUGGAGCAUUGGUUGGAAAAACUCCAGUGAUGAGGUCUUGUGUUAGGGUUCUUAUUGGUGGUUGGAUGGCUAUGGCCAUUACUUUUGGUUUCACCAAACUGAUUGGCACUACUGGACUUUGA